CCGCUCGAUACGCCAGCAGUGGCACUCGCAGCCUCCAACACCUCCCUUGCCUGCUGCAAGAAGAGCGCAUCGAAGGGCGCCUCUUGAGCCAAUAUGUUUAAAUUGCUUUUGUUGUUGUCCAACGUUUGGUUCCUCUCAGUGGCCGCCAUCGACCUGACCAGGCUCGGCUUCUACGGCCGCAUCACCUCCAAGCGCAGCACAGCUGAGAACUGUCAUCCAUACGAGCCGUUUAGAUGUCCGAAUGAGGAGUCCAAAUGUAUUUCGAUCCAGUAUUUGUGCGACGGCGCCCCAGACUGUCAAGACGGCUACGAUGAAGACUCACGCCUCUGCACUGCAGCCAAGCGACCACCUGUGGAAGAGACGGCGAGUUUCCUCCAAUCGUUGAUCCAGAGCCACGGCCCAAACUACCUGGAAAAGUUGUUCGGCUCCAAAGCGAGAGACGCUCUGGCACCGCUGGGAGGAGUGGACAAAGUGGCGAUCACACUAUCAGAGUCACAGACGAUAGAAGAUUUUGGCGCGGCACUUCACUUGAUGAGAUCUGAUUUGGAGCACCUGCGUUCCGUGUUCAUCGCGGUGGAAAAUGGUGAUCUUGGUAUGCUGAAAUCGCUAGGUAUCAAGGAUUCUGAACUUGGUGACGUCAAAUUCUUCCUCGAGAAACUCGUUAACACCGGCUUCCUAGACUAAAAUCAGAAGAAGAAAAAAUCGGAAAGAUUAGAGCAAAAUCAUGUACCUCUUUAAGGAGAAAAUGCCAUCAAAAUUUAACGGGAAUUCUUAGACGCAAUAUAUGAUUUGCGAGCAAUUAGCUGUUUCCUUCUGAUGAAAUUAAGUUAGCGGUUCAAGCAUUGCCGAGAUACCAGAGCAAAAAGAACCCUUAUAUCUAUAUCCAUCCAUCAUUUGUAAAUCUCCCUAUAAUGGAAUCAAUGAAUCAAAGCAAGAAGAAGUGCGUCUCUGUCCUAUCAAUGUAACUUUGAAUCCUUCGAUCUCUGUCAAUUUAAGGAAAAACCAGUCGUUACAUUAAAUUAGCAGAAGUUAUUUUCUUCGUCUCUAACUAAAACACUAGCUCUCGAGAUAAUAUAUAUUAUGUAGGAAUUAAGGGAAGCAACAUUGUCACAAUGAAGGUUUGCGUUUGUACGAAUUUUUUAAGUUCUCAACAAGCGAAAGUGGUGCAAAAAUUAGGUAAGGGUUAUUUUUCUAUAUGUAUACAACAAGCAAUAUAACAACUGUAUGUGUAUAUCUCUUCAGCAAAUUAUUCGCGUUGGCGCAAUGGUAACUUACGAUGCAUUCAAAGGUAAAGUUUAAGUCUCACGGACACAUACACACAAAACCAUUCUAUUUCAAUGUGUAAUUUAAAUCCGUAGGAAAAUUACUUGGAGAUGUUAGCAGAUAUGUACUACUGUCACCAUACUAGUUAGGUUCAAGUCCAAAGAAAUUAAGGCACGCUGUACUCUAUAGGACUUUGUUAUUUUAAAACUGAAAUGGAAAAUGUAGCUCCAAGGAAUUUCCCUUAUCAAGACUGACAUGGUACGCAAAAUAUAAAAUAUUUUGAAAUCAAAUAAUCCACACACAAAUUGAUUUGAAUGGUAAAACACAUCAAAUAUAUAAUUAUUGCAUGAAUAGUGCGAAUUUUGGGUUGCGGGAAGACGCGGUUUGUUAGGUGGAAGAUAAACGCACGAUACGAUUGUAGUUAUUAUAUUUUUGACCGUGACACGAUUAUUACAGAGAGAGCGCUUCUGUUGUUUUACUAGUGUUUAGAUUCACAAAUGCGUAGGUAGAGUUCAAAUAAAUUAAGUGUAAAAUCAUUAAAUACUGGAUCGAGUGAUUGGUUUUUCAACAGAAAAUCUGAAAGGAUGGUUUACGUGUGUUCUGUGAUAGUAGCUAAAGGAGUAAAAUUAUGCACCGCGAGUUGGUAGAGCAGAAAUGAUAACGAAUUUGUCUAAAUUUGAUUACCAAUCGAUAAUUAUCUUAAAUUCGGUGUUGACCACCCAGAUUGGCCUAAAAGAUGGUUUCAUUGGAAUGUGUGUGCGACCAAAUCGAAGAAUUAUUGCUGUCAACCGUUCUAUGUGCGCUGUAUAAAAGUGAAGGAUCGUUCCGUGUCGGUUUUCACAGCGCGUUGAGCUUCGAAUAACAAAAUUGGUAAAUUGGUAAUUUAGUUUUCCCGGUUUGGUUUGGCAUCGUAACUUCUACUCCUGGUGCUCAUGUGCACCAAAAGUAGAAUUUCAUCAUCCCCCCGUCAAAGUGCCGAUUGCAAACGUCAUUGUCUGACUAACCACCUAAAAAGCGCGCCAAUCUCGCAAUUGGGCACUUUGAUAGUUGGAAUGUGUUUGAUUUUUUAUGAGGCUAAACACAAUUAUUGUCAGGCAGUACUCUGGAGAAAAAAGAGAAUUUGUAUGUUACUGUGUGAUUAGUUAUUUUUUAAUUUUCAAAUAUAUACGUGUUGAAAGGUGACAUAA